GAGUUUGACUUUGUUCAUUUAAAAAAAAAAUUAAAAUCAAGACAAGGACUGCAUGGCUCAGUCGAUCCGCUCGUGCAUUGUGCUUUGUCGAUUGUCCCGUAUUUCAUUUGUGAAAUCUGGUCACCCUGGUUUUACUGGCCAUUCUGUAUGCAUAUGGAUACGAAAGUGCAUUUCCACCAAAUAUCAUGAAAGCAAGCUGCUGGUACAGCCAGGGUAACUUUAAAGGCAGGAGCUCGCCGAACAGUCACCGGAGCGGAGCGUGGUGGUCUGCAGAAAAGCUUACGCAUUUUAGGCUUUUUAGUAGAAAAGAAAUGGAGCCAAAAUGUCAUCGCUUAGGCGGGAGCUGUGUAGAAGAUGCAGAUGAACAAUCAAACAACAUAGUAUACCAUGGUAUUAUGGAUGAUACACCUUUAUUACCUUCAGCUUCUGUGCAGCAGGAGGCAAUGACGGAAAGAGUGGAACCUUUUACAUCAGGGAAGACAUCUUUUGGACUAUCAGUUUUCAAUUUGAUGAACGCUAUAUUAGGGAGUGGGAUCUUGGGCUUACCCUAUGCAAUGGCACAAUCUGGUAUUAUCCUCUUCAGUGUGAUGCUGUUGCUUGUCGCUGUCAUGGCAAACUACACAAUCCACCUCCUUCUGAAGAUGUGUGACAUCACAGGUCAUAGGUCAUAUGAAGAUAUAGGGAACAGUGCAAUGGGUGUCCCAGGCAAGCUAAUGGCAGCUUCUGCUAUACUCCUUCAAAAUGUUGGUGCUAUGUCAAGUUAUCUAUUUAUUGUAAAGAAUGAGAUGCCAGCAGUUCUCAAGACGUUCCUACAUGAAGACCAGACUGCAAAUGAAUGGUAUGUAAAUGGUGACUAUUUGGUCCUACUCCUUGUGUUAUUGGUCAUCCUCCCCCUGGCUUGCCUGCCAAAGAUCGGUUUCCUUGGUUACACCAGUGCCUUCUCCAUUCUAUGUAUGGUCUUCUUCACAGUGGGGAUUGUGUAUAAGAAGUAUGGAUUUCCAUGCCCUAUUCCUGUUACACCAGGACCAAAUAUCACUUUAGAGAAUAUGUUUGAAAACUAUAUGUACUACCAUCCUAAAGAUAACCAGACCAACCAAUGCAAGGCCAAGCUAUUUACUAUCACUCUUCAGACAGCAUACACUAUACCGACAAUGGCUUUCUCCUUCGUGUGCCACACAGCAGUACUUCCAAUCUAUGCAGAAUUAUCAAGACCAACGAAGCGCAGGAUGCAGAAUGUUACUAUCACGUCUAUUGGAGUUUGUUACACCUUGUAUAUGAUAGCAUCGUUGUUUGGAUAUCUUACAUUCUAUGAUGGUAUCAAUAGUGAGAUACUCCAUGGCUACAGCGAAUACAAAGAGGAUGACCUUCUUAUCUUGAUCAUCAGAAUAGCUGUUCUUACUGCCAUUGUCUUCACAGUACCCAUCAUACACUAUCCUGCUCGUAUAGCAUUCAUGAUGAUAGCCGGGACUGCCUUUCCCGUAGCAUCAGCCAGGUAUUCAUGGAAACUUUAUUUCCUGACGACAUUCAUUCUGCUCGCCUUAGUCACAACAUUUGCCAUCUGUGUUCCAAACAUCAUGGAAAUAUUUGGUGUCAUAGGUGCCACUGCCUCGACCAGCUUGGUCCUCUUUCUUCCAUGUCUUUUCUACCUCAAACUUGGUCAGGAGCAGCUCAAAUCAUCAUCUAAAAUCAUGGCCACCAUCCUCCUGGUGGUGAGUGUUGCUCUCCUCAUCCUCAGCCUGGCCACCAUCAUCUAUGGAAUCAUUACCAAGGAUACAUGAUGCACUCUCUCCAUCUCAUUAAAUACCAAAGAGACAAAUGUGUGGCCAAACUGAUUAGUCUUCAGGAAGGACAUACUGGUUCAUUAGGUACUAGGUUCAAAUCCCUGUCUCAUACUCGAGUGCUUCAUUGAAAUCUAUAUUGAGGGCGAGAUGAUGAUAACAUGCAAUAUCCAUUGGACAUGCAUACACACAAAUUAUACAUGUGUAGUUUGUGGGAUACAAGUACUAAUUUAUGAACACUGGUUGUUAAGAUAUUGAUGUCUGUUAUUGCCACUUUCCAGUUGACCUGGAUUAAAAAAAGACCUUUCUUUAGAAAAUUGCUUCCAGAUAAAUUUUGAAAAUUAGGUAAACACCGAUUCUGAUCUCAUGCCAAAACAGUAACCCUAGUCCUUUCUUUGAUUUUGUUUUGACCCCCCCCCCACACACACAUCAUUCUUUAGAUAAAUUAACAUGGGGGGGGGUCUGAAAAGGGGUUUUAUAUAAACAAAGAAAAAAGUAUGCAGAUAUUUUAAUUUUGAACAGGUGCCUGAUGAAAUAAAUUUUUAUGAGUGGGUUUUCUAAUGGAUGAAGUGGAUUAUAUUUUUGCAUUGUUGAGAAGAGAAUACCAUACAAUCUAAUUUUCACAUUUAAGUAAUAAAAAAAUUUAUUAAUAUAAUAAUGAAACAGUUGAUGGAUCUGUGGAAUAAGUAUAAAAUUGUGGAAUCUUUAGUUUUUGCAGUCAUGUUUUUGUAUUGUUGAUAUUGAAUACAUCUUCUUGUAUUGCAAAUCAGAGUGCAAUGUUAUGUUGACUACCAAGAAUUUACAGGGUAUCACUGUCACUUUCAAAGCUGUUUUUGAAAGUGGCCCAGUUACAAUUCUAUGUGUGUACAUGCAUUUUUUCCAAACAUGCAAUAAAAAAUUAUAUUAACCAAAAAAAGGGGGUCACAUUAAAUGGUGAUGAAUGUAUAAUAAUGUAUAUGUGUAUUUCAUAUCAAUUAAGUUUCGGAAUAGUUCCCUUAUGUAAUUUAAGUUGUAAGGGAUGAUAGAAAAAUUCAAGUUUAUGAAGAAAUUCCUUGUGUAUAUUUGCUUUGUAUUCAUUUAUUCAUGAUUUUCAUUUUUUGUUACAGCCUGGCUGAAAUCUGAGUGAGCCUUGGAUUUGUUCUCAAACUGGAAAAAAAAAGGGGGGGGGGUUGAUUGAUAUUAUAGAGAAAAGUUGUUCUUUUCCCCCUCUUACAUUAUCUUUUACUUAAAAAAUACAGUGGUGUGAAUAUAUUCCAUGGAAUGCACAGUCCAAAUACGCUCAUGGGGCUAGCCUGGCAUGAGGUCUUUUGUCUAUAAGUCAGCUUCAAAUACAACAAAUCUUAAUUUCCUUUACCAUCUAAGCUGGUCCUAAUUUGAGGAGUAUAUUUCAUUGAACGGUAGAGUAUGGCACAAUUUUUUAUGCUACUUUGGGCCUGAGAAUAGGACACUCAAAGCAUGUUUACCACUUCAUUUGGAGCAACUCCCUAGAGUUUCAAUAUGGUAAUAAAAUUAGUUUCCACCUUCCUGCUUUAAUACGGGUAGAUUGAAAUGAGGCUAUUGGGGAUAAAUGAUUAAAAUGAAUAUAUUUAUAGUAAAAUCUAUGCAAAAAUAAGCAAAGAUGUGUUAAGAAUGCAGUACUUAUUGCAAAUGUGUUUGUAUUUAGGCAAUUUCAUAAAGAAUGUACGUCCAACUUUUGAUAAUUGGGACCUUACUGAAAUUUGGUCUAGUUUUCAUAUGAAAGGCUUGCAUGUUAUGGAUUGAGCAUUCCAUGAAGUUAAGCAAGAUUACAGAAAAAGGGGGUUAGAAUUUUCUUAAAGGUAGAUUAUUUUAUGGAAUUGCCCAUUUGAAGAGAAAUGUAUUCCUUUCAACCACAUUAUGCCUUUAUAAAUUAUACAUCUUAUUUGUACUUUCAUGCAAUUAAAAAAAAAGAUAUUUGCAUAUUAACCUUUUUUUCCUCAGAUUUAAUUUUUUAUUUUUCUAAUUAACAAUCAUUAUACUAUUAUACUUCAUUUAUAUUUUCUUGAAGUUGUAUUGUAAUUAAUUAGAGAACAAUAUGCUUCAGAUUGUGUUUUUCUUUGUAUUUUUGUUAUUUACAAGAAACCUUAUCACAGCAGAGAUCUGUUCAUAUUUAAGUUUUUGUGUUGAAUAGGUUAGAUGCUAAAGGUUGUGUGAUGUAUUUUCUGUGUCCUUAUACCUAAAAUAAUAUAAAUUAUGUUUUCAUAAAGAGAAAUAAAUAUUUUCGAAAUCAGUA